CUAAAAUUGCUAACUCUUGAAAAAUCAAAGACGUGAAAUGCUAAACUAAGAAUAAAAAAUAAAUUUCGAUUAGUAAAUUCUAUUUUGUUAAGGUAUAGCUUCAAUUCAAAGCAAAAUGUGUGAAAAGCAAUUGAAACUUCAAAUAGUUUUAAUAGUUUUAUGUGUAGUUUUUAAGGGAAUUUAUUGUGUGGACGAUAGUCUUCUAUUUACUGUCUCACGAGCCCCGCGCUAUUUUGGAAUUUUACAAGACCACAGAGGACAACCACUGUCUGUAGAAAUUUCGGAAGAAUAUAUGGACCAAGACUACAUAGCUACUAACAGAAAGAGACAUAAAAUCAAUUGGAACAAAAAUCCACUGGACAUGGACGACUUUGAUGACGAUGAGACGGACGAAAUAUUUGAUGAAAAAGAUAAAGACAUUAAGCUGCCUAACAAAUUCAAUUUGCAAACAGGUCCAGUGUAACCAAUAAAUUUUAAUUAAGAUAGUUAAAAUAUUAAUUAAGAUAGACUGA